CCGUGACGGCGAUAUUUCGCGUAUAAAUAUACCGCUUCCCCCAAAUUCUUCAUAUUUCCACUCGCUUACCGGCUUCGAUUUCGACCCCUUUGAAACCCUAAACGUUUGUUCGCCUUCGAUCUCCAAUUCUUUGAGCGCUUUCGUCUUCAAUCAUGGCGUACAGGACCCUGGAGGUCACCCUGAUCUCGGCCAAGGACCUCAAUCAGGUCAAUUUGUUCUCCAAGAUGGAUGUCUACGCGGUGGUGUCGCUCUCCGGCGAUCCCCGCUCGCGGCAGCGGACGCCUCCCGAUCGGGAGGGCGACCGGAACCCCACCUGGAACUCGACCUUCCGCUUCAACGUCCCUGCCGACAACUAUGGGCGCCAGGUCCUCCAUAUCCUCCUCCGCGCCGAGCGCGCCCUCGGCGACCGCGACGUCGGCGAGGUUCGCAUCCCCCUGUCGGAGCUCCUCGACGCCGCCGCCGGCAACGGGCCCAAGUUCGUCAGCUACCAGGUCCGCAAGUGCACCUCCGGCAAGCCGAAAGGCGUCCUCAACCUCUCCUACAAGGUCGGCGAGAAGAUCGCCGCCCCCGCGCCGCCUCCGCCGGCGGCCUACCCGUGCCCUUCGGGGGUCCCCAGGUCCAAUGACCCCGUGACCGCGUAUCCCCCCGCCUCCGCCUACCCGCCACCGGCGAGGGCACCGAAGGCGGACGAGCCCGUGAUGGCGUAUCCCGCCGUCGGCACCAGCUCCGCCGCGUACCCACCCUACGGGGCGCAGCCAUACCCGCCGCCGGCGGGGUACCCUGGUUACCAGCCGCCGCCGCACGCGUACGCGCCGCCGCCGUACCAGGCUGGGUACGGGUAUCCGCCGGCGGGAUACGGGUACGGGGCGGCGCAGCCGGUGGUGCAACCGCCAAAGAAGAAUAAGUUCGGGAUGGGGUUGGGGGCGGGGCCUGCUCGGUGGGGCCCUCGGGGGGUUACUGAUCGGGGAUAUGAUCUCGGAUGCGAGCGCCUACGAUACGGGCUACGACGCCGGCUUCGAUGAUGGUGCGGGAUUCGACUUUUAGGCGUAUGUUAAAGAAAUUCUCUCCUCUCUUGGUGCUUCGGUUUGGUUGCUUGGUAUUCAGAAGUGUGUUUGUACCAUGGGGUAGCCGGACCUUUUCGCGUUGUUGUACAUAGAGAUCGGAUGUUUUCCUGUAUCAGUGCUUACGAAUUAUGUAAUAAAAAUGUUUUUUUUUGGUUUAUUUGAUGUCCUUUUUUAUAUAUUUUGGAUUGGUAUUAUCUUUGGUUCUUGGUGGUGGUGGAUUUAUUUGGGAGGUCUCGGCAUGGUUGGGAGAUUCCCAGUGGCGGCGGGAUUGCGCGGUUGACUAAGCUGGUGGGAAGGACGCAUCGUGAGGGAUGAGAGAGGGGCAGGAGGAGGUCAAGAAAGGACUUUGCAAGCGCCUGCAACCACUGAUUUAAGGAGCCUGUGUGCCUAAAAGAAGGUUUUAUUCUCAGGCCAAACUCUUGCUGUUAGUAUAAGGGAGGUGGCAAGAACUUGAGCUCCUUCUAGAUUUUGAUUUAAA